AGAAAAGAAAAGGACAAGAAAAGAAAAGACAAGAAAGACGGCUAAGAAAGAAGCACAUACGCUGCGCGGAUCCAAGCGCGGCUGGCCGGAAAGAUCAGCGUUUUGGAACUAAGAAGAGAGAAGGCGAAGGGGGAAGGAGAGGAGAGACCCAUCACAUCUCGUCUUUAUGUUCAAGGAGGGCAGGAGCAUGUCUCGGUUGUCCCUGACGCGGUCCCCGGUCUCCCCCCUGGCCGCGCAGGGCAUCCCGCUCCCGGCCCAGCUGACCAAGGCCAACGCCCCCGUGCACAUCGACGUGGGAGGACACAUGUACACCAGCAGCCUGGCCACACUCACCAAGUACCCCGACUCCAGGAUCAGUCGUCUCUUUAACGGUACGGAGCCCAUCGUGCUGGACAGUCUAAAGCAGCACUACUUCAUCGACCGCGACGGAGAGAUCUUCAGAUACAUCCUCAGCUUCCUGCGAACCUGCAAACUGCUGCUGCCCGACGACUUCAGGGAGUAG